AUGAAAAACUACGGAUUGAUCAGGGAGGGGGCUGGUAAGGCGGUUCUGCGAGCUAUUCCGGUGCCCAAGCUUCGAGAGGACUAUAUCCUGGUCAAAACGGCCUUUAUCGCACUCAAUCCUACAGAUUGGACUACUCUCGAUGCUGCUGGAGACGAUGGAACUAUUGUUGGAUGUGACUAUGCCGGUGUUGUAGAAACGGUUGGUAAAUCUGUCAGAACGCCAUUCAAACAGGGGGAUCGCGUUGCUGGAUUUGCCCAUGGAGGAAAUGAUGCCAACCCCGAAAACGGAGCUUUUGCCAGGUACAUCGCGGUCAAAGGCGACACUCAGCUACAUAUACCAGAUGGUGUGAGCUUUGAGGCAGCGUGCAGCGUUGGUGUUGGUGUUACAACCACAGGCUAUGCUCUAUACCAUGUCCUUAAGCUUCCUCUUCCGGGAUCGAUGCAACAACCGAGUGAUAAGACCAUUUUGGUUUAUGGUGGAAGCACUGCAACCGGCACGAUCGCCAUUCAAUUCGCAAAGAUGUCUGGAAUGAGAGUUGUCACCACAUGCUCCCCGAAGCAUUUCGAAUUGAUGAGGCAGCUAGGAGCUGAUCUCGUUUUCGAUUAUCACGUUCCUAAGGUUGGAGAGAAAAUCCGGGCUGCUACGGACGACAAACUGAAAAUCGUGUUCGACACAGUAAACGUGGAAUCCUCGGCAGCAAUAUGCGCCGAUGCAAUUGGUCCCGAUGGCGGCAGGUAUUGUAAUCUACUAGGCCUGGAUUGUCCGCGGUCUGACGUUCAAUCAACCUUCUUUCUCGGUUAUUCUGUGUCCGGCGAAUCGUACAUCUUUGAGGGAGAAAAGUAUGACGCUCGUCCUCAGGACUUUGAUUUUGCGUCCAAGUUUAUGCGAAUAGCUGAAAAACUGUGGGAUGAAGGAAGAUGGAAACCUCAUCCACAACGAGUCGGCUCUUGUGGGCUUUUGGGUGCAUUGGCUGGAAUGGAUGAGAUGAGGAAGGGCAGGUAUAGUGGUGAGAAGCUGGUCUAUCGCGUUGAAGAGACGACAUGGCCCUAG